AUGUUGCUGUGGUCAUUAUGGAGUGCAAUAUUGCUGCUGACCCCCCUGGAUGCUGCAGAGGAGGACAGUGUCCGAGCAGGCUGUAGCACAGCUGUAAAUGACCUGGUCUAUAUUGUUGAUGGCUCAUGGAGUGUUGGCUUCUCUGACUUUGACACGGCCAAACAGUGGCUUAUCAACAUCACCAGCCAAUUUGACAUCAGCUCCCACUACACACAGGUGGCUGUGAUCCAGUAUAGUGACACUCCUCGACUGGAGAUUCCUCUGGGGAUACACCAGAGUGGAGGGAAGCUCAUCCAGGCCAUACAGAGCAUCACCUACCUGGGAGGAAACACACAGACCGGCAGGGCCAUAAAGUUUGCCGUGGACCACGUUUUUGCCUCCUCCCACAGAACCAGCCAGGUCAAGAAUCGCAUCGCUGUCGUGGUCACUGACGGAAAAUCUCAGGAUGACGUGGUGGAUGCCAGUAUGGAGGCACGAGCUCAGGGCAUUACAGUAUUUGCUGUUGGAGUUGGCAGUGAGAUCACCACCUCAGAGCUGGUGUCCAUUGCCAAUAGACCAUCAUCCGACUAUGUCCUGUAUGCCGAAGAUUACACUACCAUUGACCUUAUUCAGGGUUCCAUGGAGCAAAAGCUCUGUGAAGAGUCUGUGUGUCCAACACGAAUCCCGGUGGCAUCUCGUGAUGAGAAAGGCUUUGAGCUGAUGCUGGGCAUGAACAUUCAGAAGAAGGCCAAGAAGUUCCCUGGCUCUCUGAUUUCUGAGGCAGCUUACGCUCUGACUGCCUCCGCAGACAUCACUGAGAAUACCAGGGAUAUUUUCCCAGAGGGCCUCCCUCCGUCCUUUGUGUUUGUAGCCACCUUGCGUCUGAAGGGGUCUUCAAGCAAGCUGACUUUUGAUCUUUGGAGGGUGCGGUCUAAGGAUAAGGAGAUCCAGGCGGCAGUCACCCUCAGUGGGAAGGACAAAACUGUCAUCUUCACCACAACCAGUAUAACAGAGAAGGAGCAGAGAGUCACCUUCAGAGCCGGCUUUCAGACUCUGUAUGAUGGAAAUUGGCAUCAGCUCAAAGUUCUGGUGAGACCACGUCAGGUGACCGGUUUCCUUGACGAUCAACUGAUCCGGGAAAUAUUCCUGGAACCGGUUGAGCCCAUCUACAUCAAUGGGGAGACACAGGUUGCUAAGAGGCGAGGAACAGACAUCACUGUGCCUGUGGAGAUUCAGAAGCUACGUCUGUACUGUGAUCCUCAUCAGAGUGAGAGAGAAACAGCUUGUGAGAUUUACUCUGUGGAUGAUGAAAGGUGUCCUCUGAAUCGAACAGCCACGGUGGAGGAAGAAGACUGCAACUGUGUAGUCGGGCCACAAGGGCAGCGCGGCCUGCCAGGGCCCAUGGGGUUCCGAGGGGAGAAAGGAAGGGAUGGACCACCAGGACCUGAUGGUAAGCCUGGUAAUGAUGGGAAACAUGGGGAAUCCGGCCCUCCGGGAUUACCGGGGAUGAAGGGUGAAGGUGGCCCAGCAGGACUAAGAGGGGAGCCUGGUCUAAAAGGCAUCACGGGAGACCGAGGGGAACCUGGCUUAUCAGGAGAACCAGGAGCCCCAGGACUUAAGGGUCUUCCCGGCGAGAGAGGCGAGAAAGGACCUCUGGGAGAAGCUGGACCAAUGGGGGAGCCAGGAUUACCAGGCAUUGCUGGACCGGAUGGGCCACCAGGACCAAAGGGACACAGAGGAGACGUGAAGGGAGUCAGUGGUGCUGCCGGAGCUCCAGGUGCCCCGGGUUUCCAGGGACCUCCUGGAGAAGUGGGCCAAAAGGGACCUCAGGGAGAGGGAGGCUUGCCUGGACCACCAGGACUACCUGGAAUAAACGGAACACUGGGAGCCCAGGGGCCUCGGGGGCCGCCCGGAGAGAUUGGCCGAGAUGGUCCCAAGGGGAAGUGUGGAGAUCCAGGGGUCAGCGGUCCCGUUGGUCCACCAGGCCAGAGGGGCUCAACAGGGGAGUCAGGUGUUCCAGGGUUGCCGGGUGCCACGGGGCUGUCGGGGUACAAAGGUCACAAGGGGGAGAGAGGAGAGACAGGCUCUAAAGGAUUCCAGGGGGAGCGAGGCAGAGAUGGAGAUCCUGGGACUCCCGGUGUACCUGGUGAAGUGGGUCCCAUGGGAAGGAGAGGAGAGACAGGAAUGACAGGUGACUCAGGCCACAGGGGGCUUGAAGGAAAGAAAGGGGACAUGGGCCACAUGGGUACUGUUGGUCCUAGGGGAUUUCCUGGUCAGGACGGUGUGCCGGGCCAACCGGGUCAACCAGGAUAUCCGGGGAAACCUGGCAAGCCACCCUCAGAUGACUAUCUUCUAAAGCUCUGCACUGAUGUUCUGCGUAAUCAGCUCCCAGCACUGCUCCAGACCUUGGUCCCUCCAGCUAAGUGUGAGCCCUGCCAGAGCGUGAAGGGACCUCCUGGAGAGCCAGGAGCAACGGGACCCAAAGGCUCCAUGGGUACUACAGGUUACCCUGGCAGGAGGGGCACUCCCGGUUACCCUGGACCUUCUGGAAUGCACGGUCCUUCUGGCCUGAAAGGUGACAUGGGACCGAGAGGGCUCAAAGGCAGUAAAGGAGAAGGUUACCAUGGACCUCCAGGACCACCUGGACAGCCAGGGAUUCAGGGUCCUCGUGGUUUCGAUGGAAUUGGCCAUCCAGGAAGCCAGGGUAUUCCUGGAAAGCCUGGACCACCAGGAGAACCCGGUAAACGGGGCAACCCAGGGUUUCCAGGGGUUUGUGAUGUUUCCAUGUGUUACCAGACCUACAACCUCAGGGACCAUUAUAGCAAAGGACCCAACGUCUGA